GGAGCUGUUGCCAGAGACGUGUUGCACUUCACUCAGUUGUAUCUGCUCAGAGGUGAAUUUUCAGUCAAGAAAUGGUUUCCAUCACAACUGAAAAUGAUACACAGCUGUACAACAUGACCACCCAGGAGCUCACAGUCAGUCCAGAAUAUUUCCACAAUAAUUCAGGAGUGCAUCAGAUAGGUCAAAAUGGAUGUGUUAGUGCAGAUGUAUGGAACUGGAUACAGGAUUUUCAGCCUGGAUUGCUCUGGUUUAUAUUUAUUCUGGGAUCAAUAGAAAAUUCCUUCGUGCUCACUGUCCUGUGUUUCCACAAGAGCAGCUGCACAGUGGCUGAAAUUUACCUAGCAAACAUGGCAUUUGCAGACCUAAUGUUGGUCUGUACUUUACCUUUCUGGGCCAUUAAUAUUUCCAAUGAUUUUCAUUGGCCUUUUGACCUGUUUCUCUGUAAAGCUGUCAAUAUUAUGAGUCACAUGAACUUGUAUUCUAGCAUUUAUUUCCUGACCCUAGUGAGCAUUGACCGCUACCUGGCCUUGGUGAAAACCAUGUCCCUUGGACGGAUGAGACGAACCGUUUGUGCCAAAUGGAAUUGUUUUGUGAUUUGGACAUGUGCACUGCUCUUGUGUUCACCUACAAUGGUGUUUCGAAAUCUGCGUUUUUUUGAAGAGUACAACAUCACAGCCUGUGUUCUUCUUUACCCAGCCAGCUACUGGGAACCCACAAACAACAGCUUGCUGAAUAUUGUGGGGUUCGUGAUCCCAUUCUGUGUAAUUACCUAUUGCACUGUGCAAAUCAUCAAAGCCUUACGAAGCAGCGAGCUACGAAAAAUGAAGGUAGUCCAGACAGAGAGGAGAGCCACCGUGCUGGUCCUUGCUGUGCUCCUGCUGUUCAUCAUCUGCUGGCUUCCGUUCCAGAUUAGCACUUUCAUCGACACAAUCCGUUACUUCUCACCCACUCUCAAGUGCCUGGAAGACAUCAAUGACAUACUGACCCAGAUAGCCACAUACUGUGCCUUUAGCAACAGCUGCCUGAACCCAGUCUUGUAUGUGAUUGUUGGGAAAAACUUCCAGAAGAAGGCUGUGGAAUUCUACAAGGGCUUGUUCACAAAGAGGUGCAGAAAAUUAGAGUCUGUGCAGAUGGAAAACUCCCUGGACACUUUAAGAACUUCCAUUUCAAGUGAAUACACAAGGAAAAAGUCUGUUAUGUCAUUACCCCAAUAGCAUAAUUUUAGGAAAUCCUUAAAGGAAGAAAGCCUUCCAUCUGAUCAGUCUCCAUAUCCGUCUGCUACAAGUCCACAGAAUAAACACGUGUGUUCCUUACAUGAGGGAAAACAAUGGUUUCAUCUUAAUGGAAAUUCCAUAAAGAGACCUGCUUCUAAUGUUAUUGGAUGUUUUUCAUGAUUGAAUCCUAUUUUGUAGCUUACUUUCAUUUUCAUGGCUGAACGAUACCAGCCACAUGGAUCAUUUGGAAUGUUUUUCUAAGGUGUGCAUACAAUUUCUGAACAGAGCCCCAGUACAAAAAUUAUUGUCAGAACUGUGCAGCUACAUAUGGUAACCAUAAAAGUGUGUUAGAUAAGAUUUUUGAUCUGGGAGGGCUUGUAUUUGAGUAAGUUCUGUUAAGUGAAUCCUGUAGGAUGCGUUUUUAGAUGUGUCCAUCUUUUGGGGUUUUAAUUUCUCUCUUCAGUCAUUUGAAACUAUCUGGUCCUUUCACUGACAAGCAGUGGCUUUUUGCAACUGCUCUGUUCAGUUACAGAUUUACAUGAGCAAGUAUGUAUGAAAAGUGGCUGAAAAA